GAGAGCGCACGCGCUCCACUUCGCUCUAGCCCUCCUCAUAAUCUCACUGCAGAAGAAGAACACAGCGGGCCGCUGCUGAAACAAAAUGGCCGAUGUGGAAAUGGAUUUACGGAGCAAGAGGCUUAAUAGCGGGCCAGAGGAUUUAGAGAGGCCAGAGAAGAGUGGGAAUGAGGAUGAAAAUGGUGACAUGUCUGGAGAGGAUGAAGAGGAGGUUGAGGAAGAAGCGGAGGUGAAUGGAGAGAAGCAGGACAGCGGUUCCAAACACCACAGCAGUGGCAGCAAACACAAGAAAAAGAAACACAAGCACCGUAGCAAGCACAAAAAACACAAACAUGCGUCUGAGGAAGAUAAGGACCGCAAACGGAAACAUAGACACAAACAUAAGAAGCACAGACGCAAAGAGGAGCCAUCCUCCUCACCAUCUGGGGCCAUCAACAGGAGGGCUGUGGAUGGCUCUCCAUCACUGGGCAGUGCAACCCUGGAUGACAAGGCGCUUCUUGAAGACCUGGAGAAACAAAGAGCACUGAUUAAAGCUGAGCUGGACAGCCAGCUGAUGGAGGGGAAGGUUCAAUCAGGAAUGGGCCUGAUUCUACAAGGUUACAAUUCUGGCUCAGAAGAGGAUGGAGUGAAACAGCGGGCACGUAAUGGGGAGCAACGGCAAAGAACCAGUGGGGGCAGAACCCGCUCACCUAGGGACCAGAUAAGCAGGGGGGUUAGAUCCAAACGGGACUCAACGGACACCAGCAAACCAAGCGUUAAACGGCGCAGCCGCUCUCUCGAGAGAGUUGGUAAGGAUGCUAAGCUUGAACGAAUGACCAAAAUUGUGAAAGAGACUGUUAAGGAGCGUAGCAAGUCCAAAGAGAAAAAACGCUCCCGGAGCAGGGACAAAUCCAGGGAGCAUUUGAGGAAAUCCCAGUCCCCGUCUACAAGAAGACGCUCUGCGGAGAGAAAGUCAGACCAGAAGGGACGUUCGGAUCGGCGUUCCUCUCCCCAUAUAGAUGAGAAGCGGGAACAAGUCACACAGAGAUCAAACUCACGAGGACGCAAGAGCCGGUCACGAGAUCGACGAUCUCAUUCUAAAGAUGCCCGGCUGGGUCGCUCGGAGACGGACAGAGAAAAGAAGCCUGGAAAGUCUCCAUCCAAAGACACCUCAUCUGGGAAAGAGAAUCGGUCUCCUCAUCAACGUCGACGCAGUUCCUCCCCUCGCCAUAGGGACCGCCAGCCCAACCAGCCCCCAUCGGGUUCUGCAGACCGGAGUUCCAAACUGAGCCACUCGCCGUCUAGAAACAGGUCACCAGUCAGGAGAGGAGGACAAAGUCGCUCAAAUGAGCGCCGGAGAGAUUCCCCCUCCAGGAAGCAUCCUCGUGUGGAUGGAGCUGGGAGAUCAUGGGAAACGAGUCCAGCGCGGCACAGAGUGAGUCGCUCACCACUCAGACGUUGGUCUGUAUCACCACGGCGACAGUCUCGCUCCUCACCCAGAAGACGAAGUCGAUCGCCCCUGAGACGCAGGUCUGCUGAAAGGGACCGGUUUGGCCGCUCCAGACCACGACGAUCCACCUCCAGAGAGCGUGAGAGGAGGAGGAGGCGAAGUCGGGAUGAAGACAAGUUCAAAGGCAGUCUGUCAGAGGGUAUGAAAGCAGACAAAGACUCCUCCUCUGAAGAAGUGAUGGAGGACUUUGAUGCUGAAGAGGAGGAUGAAGAGGCUCUGAUUGAGCAGCGACGACAACAGCGACUUGCCAUUGUCCAGAAAUAUAAAGCAGUAAAUGAGGACAGCAAUAUGGGCUCCAUGGCAUCAGAGCCCAGCAGUCCUCAGAGCAGCACCCGCAGUCGUUCACCUUCCCCUGAUGACAUCCUGGAACGGGUAGCAGCUGAUGUAAAGGAAUAUGAGCGGGAGAAUGUAAACACUUUUGAGGCCAACAUCAAGGCCAAGGCCAACCUCAUCGCUCAGGAGAAAGAAGGAGCCAACCCAAAGAAGCCCUCAGCACCCGACAUGUUCACGGAGUCAGAUGACAUGUUUGCUGCAGAUUUUGAUAGUGCCAGACUGAGGGCUGCGGGUAUUGGUAAAGAUUUUAAGGAGAACCCCAAUCUCAGGGAUAACUGGACUGAUGCAGAAGGAUACUACCGUGUGAACAUCGGUGAGAUACUGGACAAGCGGUAUGAUGUGUAUGGGUACACUGGACAGGGUGUGUUCAGUAAUGUGGUCAGAGCUAGAGACACUGCCCGGGCUGGCCAGGAGGUGGCAGUCAAGAUCAUCCGAAACAAUGAGCUCAUGCAGAAGACGGGACUGAAGGAGCUUGAAUUUCUAAAGAAGCUGAAUGAUGCAGAUCCUGAUGAUAAAUUUCACUGUUUGCGGCUCUUCAGACACUUUUACCACAAACAGCAUCUCUGUUUGGUGUUUGAACCUCUCAGUAUGAAUCUGCGGGAAGUGCUUAAGAAGUAUGGUAAAGAUGUGGGGCUGCACAUCAAGGCAGUUCGUUCCUACAGUCAGCAGCUCUUUUUGGCCCUCAAACUACUGAAACGCUGCAACAUCCUCCAUGCUGACAUCAAACCAGACAACAUAUUGGUGAAUGAAUCAAAGACCAUUCUUAAACUCUGUGAUUUCGGCUCUGCAUCUCAUGUUGCUGACAAUGAAAUCACUCCCUACCUAGUCAGCAGAUUCUACAGGGCACCUGAAAUCGUAAUUGGUAAACCGUAUGAUUAUGGCAUUGAUAUGUGGUCAGUCGGCUGUACCCUGUAUGAGCUAUACACUGGGAAGAUCCUGUUCCCUGGCUCUUCCAACAACCACAUGCUGAAGCUGGCUAUGGAUCUGAAGGGCAAGAUGCCCAACAAGAUGAUCCGGAAAGGCCUGUUUAAAGACCAACAUUUCGACCAGAACUUGAACUUCCUGUAUAUAGAGGUAGACAAAGUGACUGAAAGGGAGAAGGUAACCGUGAUGAGCACCAUUAACCCCACUAAAGACCUGCUCGCAGACAUGAUCGGAGGUCAGAGGUUACCUGAGGAUCAGAGAAAGAAGGUCAUGCAGCUUAAAGAUCUGUUGGACGGUACUCUGAUGCUGGACCCAGCUAAACGCAUGAGCAUCAACCAAGCCCUACAGCACCCUUUCAUUCAGGAGAAGAUAUGAUACUUUAAUGUCUAACCUGUGACUGUCCAUUGUUCCAGGACUGAGCCAAUAGACUCAAGCUCAGAAUGUUUGGAAUCAUCACAAGACUUUAAAUUUUCUAUUUUUAUUCAUGUAUUUUCUAGUGAUUUUUGUUUUGCCCAGUCAUUUUUGAUUCAGAUCUCUCAGAAUGGUCUUGUUUUUAUUGUACAUAUGAACACAUUGUCAUUCACUUGAGAGAGAGGCAUGUUUAGCAGUUAUCAGACUUUGUCUUAUUUAACUUCAGAAGUGAACGAAAUGUGCAAAAUGCAGCAUUUAUAGGUUAGUUUAUUGUUCAGAUGUUGAAGGCAAGAAAUGGCUGGGCAAGCAUAUCAGAGAGACAAAUUAUUUUGGGAUUCUCCAAUUAUAAUGCAAAUGUGUCCUUUUUGGUGACCAUUUAAACCAGUGGCUUCAAUUUAGAUUUAUUUUAUCUAAACAAGGAGUGCACCACUUUUGCUGGUUAGUAACUUCAUACAGUCACC